AACCAGAGCCGGCUAACCGUUUGGCAUCAGUUCAUCUCCAACGAUCCAUCGCAGUAUCCGAUACAAAAUACAAAUUGUAUACAGCUAUAUCGUAUCUUCUGCAACUCAACUACCGCCAUGGCUCAAUUCAAGGCAUGCAUCGUCGGUUUGGCAUUGAUCGGGCUCUGCGUAGCCGAUACAGUCAAGACUGACACCAAGACCGCAACCAAACGAAGCGCCGAUUUGUCAUACGGUCUCCCAUCUGCCUACUCCGGUCUGUCUUCCAGCUACGGUUCUGGUUACGGUUCUGGUCUAGGUCUAUCUUCCGGCUACGCUUCUGGUUACGGUCUGUCUUCCGGAUAUGGUUCUGGUUACGGUCUAUCUUCCGGAUACGGUUCUGGUUACGCUUCCCACGCAGUGCCAGUCAAAGUGAGCCAAUCCGAUCAUGUCGUUCCCGUCUCCGUGCCACAACCGUACGCCGUGCCAGUCACCCGUCACGUACCAGUGUCCGUGCCCCACCCCGUCCCAGUGUCCGUUCCAAGGGCCGUCCCAGUCAGCGUACCACACCCAGUCCCAGUCACCGUCGACCGCCCAUACCCCGUUGAUGUGCCACGCAGCGUGCCAGUCAGCGUACCACACCCAGUGCCAUACCCAGUCAGCCGCCCAGUGCCAUACGCCGUCCCACAACCGUACCCAGUCGAAAUCCAACAACACGUACCAAUCUCCGUCCCAACCCCAGUCAUCGCACCAACUUACACUUCCGGAUACUCUGGCGCUUCAUCAUACGGAUCUCUAGGAUACUCUGGAUCUUUGGGAUACUCCGGCGCUUCAUCAUACGGAUCUCUGGGAUACUCCGCUCCAUCUUUCGGAUCUUCAUACGGAUACUCCGCUCCGUCCUACGGAUCUUCUUACGGAUACUCCGCUCCGUCCUACGGAUCUUCUUACGGAUACUCCGCUCCGUCUUACGGAUCUUCAUACGGAUACUCCGCCCCGUCAUUCGGAUCUUCAUACGGUUCGUCUCACGGACUCUCGUCUCUGUCCUCUUACGGUGGAUCGUCCUUGUCCGGUUUGUCUUACGGACACGGUCACUCCGAAGAAUACAAGAAAUAAUAAUCUUGCCAAUUCUAUAUUGCAAAUCGCUGAAUCAGCGCCGAAUCCGAAACCAACGCAAAAUCUCACUCGUCGCACCCAUCAGCAACCGUCGCCGUCUGUACCGCAGUACAGUUCUAACACUGUCUGCGUUAUUCGCGGAGACGAAACAGCUGCCGCCGCUCAUUAAAUCAUAUUAUUAUUUUAUUAAUACUAUACUGACGUGUAUAUAAAUAUAUAUAUUGUAUAUUAUAUCAA